AUUUAAAUUUAUUUUCAGCUUGUUGAAUUAUUUGCGGAAAGUUAGCCCGAAUGAAUCUUCAUCGGGUGGAAUCGACAGUAUCAGUCUAGCUCUUUCAUUGGCUUUUUUGUAUUCGAUCGAUUUGAGUUUACUUCACAAAGCAGACGGAGAAGUUGUGCAACGUUCAGUUCCACUUGUGACGGGUGGACAAGCGGGUCAGUUUUUAAAAUCGAUGCAAACUGAAAUGUCAUCGAGCGAGAAAGCGUGGGAAUCUCAAGGUCUGCAGUCUCUUGCGCUUAUGGCUUGGGCCAUCACUCUAUCCAGCUUGCGCAUGGCACCUCAGCUGGUCCCAAAAGAAAUAACUUUAGAAAAUCCUGAUGUUGUCAUGGAAGAGGCGAUUCAGAAAGGAGUUUUUUCCUACCUCCACAAAUCAUAUUUAAACAACGACGUAAUUUAUAAAGAUGAAUUUAUGCUACGUAGAAUUCACAGUUUAAUCACAGAUUUUAUAUCGCAACUGCCACAUAAGGUCAAGGAAAUGAGACUGAGAGCUGACGACACAGAUAAAACUAUUCAUGCAUAUAUGCAUGAAGGCCUAGAACCACCUACAAAUUUAUCCCAUCAUUUUGAAGAUAUGCUAUUGGUAAUCGCAAAAUUAUAUGAAAAAGACCCUCUAGGGGUGGAAUUAGAGUUGGAUUUCUGGUGUUCAUCCGAUAGCGUCCAUCUCGCUUCGUUUCCUUACCGGGCACAACCAAAAAAAGAAGCCCUUUAUUCAUUUCUUCUACAAACCUGUGAAGUUUUGCCUUCUACGCUUUUUGUCCCAUACUUGAAAAUGUUAAGCUCUCUCUCGUCUUGCCAGAGAGCGGCUAUGCAAUGUUUCAAUCUUUUAAAAAACAACGAAAAUAAAAAUUUAACAUGGGAUCAUUUCUUUAAUUCUUUCAAUAGAUAUUUUAAUAAUUUACGCCAAGAAGCUUUACCCACGCCUGACACUGUAUACAGAGCUAGAAGUUUCAACAAAGGGAUAACCCCUCAUGAACAGCUGGCGCUUCAAGCCGUACUCGACCUUAUAAGAACAGUGGCUGAAAAUGAUCCUUGCUCUGGUGAACAGUUUUGCAUGAACCAACAGUGGUCAGCCAUCACGGUCUUGCUCGGCUUGGUGACUUGUUCAGUUCCGAUUCCGUUGAAAGCUAAUCUUUUAAACACACUUGCUGCAUUUUCCAAAUCGCCUAAAACAGCUGCAAGUCUUUGGCAUAAUAUCGAAGCAUCUCAAAUAAUCAGCACAGUGCCUUCAACGAGCAACUUUCAACCGCGUGGUAUUCAGACUGAGCUGGAAGAAGUGGAGUGUAGGAAUGAAGAAUAUCCUUUGACGAGAGCAGUUCUCAAGUUGUUCAACGGACUUUCUGAUAAACCGAUACCAAAAUUGCUCGGGGUGUCACAAAGAACUCCCGGCUACGACCCUUACCUGAAUUUCAUUCUCAACUCCGUACUUUUGAAAUUUGUAGGCCGAUGUUAUAAAAAUCCCAAAGAAAAGUGGGAAGUUUGUGAAGACGCCAUGUCUCUCAUUUGCAAACUCUUGCUCCAAUACGACCCAGCGAAAGAUGAAUUUUUGUCCAAACACGUCCAAGCGUACACCAUAGGAAAUGCUCAAGUCAAUCCUCUACCGGGUUAUCACAUAAUGAUAAGCCUCUGUUCAAAGUCUGAAUUGCUGCGACUUCUUUUACUCUUAAUCGAUGAAGGAUGCAGGGUUUUCGAUGCUUUCGAGAGUAUUCCCGGUAAAACCGAAUUUGAAAACAGCGUCUUGUACGCUUUGAAAAUGUUAGAGCACGGAUUAGCGAUACAAAAUCAAUUUUUGAAUCUUCUUCAUGCUGAAAAUAGCAACAUUCUUCUUGUGGGUCUAAAUCGUUUAAUUUUAGGGGUUAAUGAAGUGACUUGCAAGCCUGAUCAUCUGUUGAAUAUAUCAAAAUAUGUGACUUAUCAAUCGUGGUUGCCACAGCACGCUUUGCCCGCAGUAAACAUUUUAUUAAGUGUCACUUCCUACCCAGCUCCACAGGGUCACCUUUUGUCCCUGUAUUUGACCUCGCCGAACACAAAGGCUAGCAUUAGGCAUGGGUUUGUAUCAUGUCUCGAAGCCGAAGAAGAACUGGUCGAUACGGGGAUGUCGAUGGAAUUGGACCGAGAAGAUGUCUACGCCGAUGAAGACGACCUGAGAAAAAUUGUCACCAAAACAAAAAAAGCGAUAUGUCAGUUUUUAUUGCAGACUUUGACCCAAGGAGCGCCCAAUGUCGCUCAUUACCUUUUUGGAUUUGAUUUGAAUACGGAGAUUAAAAAAUCGAUCUUGAAACAGCCCGGCCUUUACGGUACACCUCGCUCUUGCCUACAUUCUGUUAUCUGCCUUCUCAAUUCCCACCUAGUCAAUCCGUAUCAAAGCUCAGGGCAUUUAAUAGAACUGUAUUAUAAAAUUAUUUACGCCCUCGCCUACAACACGAGGACUUCAGAGCCCACGCUUCGUUUUCUAAGAUCGUCUGGAAAUUUCUUAAAGCGGCAUCUUUCUGCCCUUCCGUUUACAACUGAAAGAAUCGACAUCUCGACAGAAAUCCAACUUCAUCAGAUGAGUUGGCUUUUAAAAACAGUGGCGAUUGAGAUGAAAGUGACUGCCCUGAAUCAACAAUAUUCCCAACUUACUUCUAUGAUCGAAGCAUUUACAGGAAAUUCAAAAGGCGAUUUAGACGAUGAUUCUCAACAAAUGGGUCAAUCACUGUUGUCAAGUACAAGAAUUGACAAGAAAGCUGGUGAGCAGUUAGUCCUCCGUCUUAUUAAAUACAUGAGAUUUUCAGUGGAUACUGUUCCAGUGCCUCAAUUUGAAUAUCUUGACUUUAAUCACGUUAUGAAGUUGGUAAAGACGUGUGAAGUCGAAGAUGGCAAAAUGAAAGUAAUCGACGUUAGAGCAGUCCACCAUUUGCUUGAACAAGAAUUGGCGAUUGUCCACGAAAAGAGGAGAAUCGGUCUGGUCACGCAUAACUCCUCGCCUCAACCUCCGAAUGAGACUCUACUUCAAAGGAAUCAUCGUAAAGAAAUGGAGAGAGUACUCAAUUAUGUGGUUCAAUUAAAUGCUUCGAUUUUGAUGAAUCAAGCGACAGUACGGUUCUUAGACGCCUGGAGACAUGCGACAGAAGUUAUGUUUGCAGUAGCAGCCCCAAUCAAUGAAAAAGAACAACACGCUCUCAAUUUGGAGAAAAGGUUCAAUCUCCUUGUAGAUAUAAUCCACGAACUGCUAACUAAGGCUGUUCAAUCUGGAAGUCAGGCCGAGGUAGCAAAUCUUGUGUCAGGUUCCAUUCUUUUACUUUGUGUCGAUUUGCGACAAACUUAUAUAUCGGAAAUGGGAAAAGGCGAUGAAACGGAUUCAAAACUUUGUAACUUUAUGGAUUCCAAUCAUUAUAAAUUGACAACGAUUAUAACUAACCUAGUAAAAUGGAUAUUAAGCUCGGGAGUAACGUCUCAGAAGUUGAGAGCCAACCUGUACUCUGCCCUUCUUAACUUUCUACACUUGAAUCGGGACAAAUCUGCAUUGAGACAAGGUGCGAAAGUCGGCCUUAGAGGAAACGAUUCUCAAUAUGUCACAAUGCUUGAUAAAUCCAUCGGCGGUGACAGGGCUGAUAUCGAUAUUAUUCUUGCUCAUGGAGAAAGGCUUGUCGAUAUGCUUUGCCACGAUUGUUCUACAGGCCAUGAUAUCUGCAAAAUGCUUGCGCUUUCCUGUUUGGACAUGGUUGUCGAACUUGAUGCACAAACGACAUGGACGUCUGUAUUAUCAUCCCGAGGGUACCUGAAAUAUAUAAUAGACUCAUUAUUAGACAUGGACAAGUAUCUUAUCGCACUCCUUUCGAAUAAUAUCAAAUCUUUACGAGCCCUUUAUGUAUACGAAUCAAAAAUGGCUCUUCUGUGUAGAGUAGCUUCAUCGAGAAUCGGAGCAGAAAUUCUUUUAGAACAAAACGUUCUUCCUUGUCUGUCUUCGCUUCAUGUUUUCAAUAAACAUCCUGACAUCAUGGCAAAUGUUCCGAAGAUUGGAGUAACGAUGAUGGAAGUAGAUUUUGUUCCAAAUGUAAGCAGCCGUUAUCUUCAAAUCCUUUCUCCCGCGUUGCAGCUAUGCGAUGCUAUUAUUUCUUCAAUGGGAGUCGAAAAUCAAUUGGCCAUCAUGCAAGUAUUAAAGUUUUUAUUGUGCCAUGGUGAAAUGGUAACUCAAGUUCUUCGAUCCGGGAGCCCUUUUCAUCCACUUUGUUACUUAAAAGAGCUUUCAUUGCUUACUGGUGUAAUAGCAAGGGCCACAAAUGAAGACGUUCUUAGAAUAUUGAGUGAAGAAGGGAUGGAUCCUGGUGGUGUGUUGGAGAGCACAUCGCUGUUCAACAGAGUCCAAAGACUGAUGCUUUCCUUGAUUUCUCGAUUUAUCAUCAGUGAAAGCCUGCUCAAAGAAUUGGUAAAAGAAGCGGAAACUUCGUCCGACAGCCCAAAAUCCAAGUCCGAAGUAGUUAUAACAUUCCUUGAGAUCGUUUCACAUCUCUUAAUAUAUGCAAGAAACAUAGUAUCAAGCGGAAGUAUGGAUAGAAGGAUAUCUACAGUUAUAUUUCAACCUGCUCUAAUUGAUAAUGCAAUGCCUGAUAAAAGAGACUUGCUGACGAUGCAAGAGGCCACUCUAGGAGUCGUUGUACAACAGCUUGUCCAGGCUGAAUCGCACCAUAGGAGGGAGAAGAGCAAUUUGGAUUUGCUAGUUCGAAAACUUCAGUCCGUACCUGAAAUGAAUACAGCCACUCUGAAACAGCACCUUCCAGAAAGCUAUGCCAACCUGAACGAGGUCGAAGAGUGCCGCCGCCAGGUCACAAGGAUCGUAACUAGAGAAUUAGAUGAUAAAAAGAGAGAGUUGGAUCUCUGCUUUUUCAUAAUUGAACAUUGCAUGUACAUCGUUUGGACUCAUCUUGACUAUUACAUGCUACGCGGGAUUUCAAACAAAGUACUUGGAACAACAAAACAGACAAAUAAAUCAUUUAAUCAAACAAUGCAUUUUGAUGUUACGUGGAAUGUAACAACUGAUGAUUUGAACCAUCUCAAACAAGGUCUUUUAUCAGUGUUCAAUGACACAUUCACAAAUUCCCUCCGUUCUACAGUGCAGGACAUGCAUGCGAAAGAUAAAGGAUUUUUAGAAGCGCUCUUAAGGAGAAUUAAAAAGCUAAUUCAGUUCGCACCAAACUAAGAGGCAAAACAUUUUACAAUGCCGGUCUUACAUUUUCUUUUUUAUUUGUAAUAUUUAAGAAGUGUAAACAAUGUAAAAAACAAAAUUACGAUUUGGUUAGUAAAUGGUUGUCAAAUAAAAUAAAAAAAAUUAACAAAAUUUCAUGUAAAUAUAAUUUGAUAAGAAAUAUCACCAAAAAUACUGCCAGCCUUGAUGUUGUUAAAUCUGUAAAUAUAAUGUUUUCUUUAUUUAGCAA